AGGAAUCACACAUUAUCUUCAAUAUUCUCUCGUUUAUUGUAAUUGUUCCUAUUAUAAGAUUAUAGCCUACCUGUAACCUGCUUAUAUUUUCCGUAUACUCAGCUAGAAAAACUAGCGAAAGAGGUGUUAAUAGUGAAUUUAAUGAUAUUAAUUGUACUGUACAGCGUAUAAAUUCUUCCCGGUUUUCAUUAGAAAUUUUAAAAAUUCGAUUUUCCCCCACUCAUAAAUUACUAAGCGAAACGAUCGAGAAUUAACGAUCUUACUCGAAACGUCAAUAUAAAUAGGAAAGCAGUUUACAGGAAAUUUUCUUGUGCGUGUUGCAAUUUUUAAGCUAGAUAGGAAAAUAUUAAAGAAACGGCUGUAAUUCAAUUCGACCGGCAUGAUAUUCCUUACUCCCCUUUAGUUCAAUGGUGCACUCCGAAGAGAGAUUGUCGUCAAUCGUUGUCAUGGCAACAUAGAAAACCGCAUCGAAGAGACUCCUAAAUAGUGGUACUGCUACUGCAGGUUUGUAAGUUAGAUAUUUAAGUCGAAAGGUUUUUCCUCGGUUUCUUUUCUUCUGUGAGUAAAUUGUUCGUACCCUUUACAGCAUUGAAGUGUCGCUGUUGGAUUCAAACGUCGCCCCUUCAUUCAUGGAUUUCUCAUUUUCAAGAUUCCUCCGCAUUUCCAGAUUAUGACAUCAACUAAAGGAUGGUGAUGUGCAGAAUGUGGAGGUUCGUUUUAUUGCUGGGAUCAGUGCUAACAGUUGGCGUGAACUUGGCUGAAGCAGAAAAAGAGAACAAGUAUGAACAAUCUUCUGUAUUUGGAGUUUGGGCCCCCAGAUGUUGCACAGGACCACAACCACCAAGGUUUAAUGGAUUAACUGACAAACAGAUUUUAGACUAUCUUGUCGACAAAACGCGCUAUGACGAGAGAAUGAGACCUCAAGAAUUAACAAUUGUUAACGUCACCGUCCUUAUACUUUCCUUGUCAUCACCUGACGAAUCGAGUUUGAAAUACGAAGUUGAAUUUCUGAUGCAUCAGUACUGGAGAGAUCCUAGAUUAAAAUUCGACGAUGGAGGGGAGCACCGUUACCUGAACGGUAUGGAGCAUACAAAAGUGAUCUGGCUGCCUGACACGUACUUCAUCAAACAUGGAGAGUUCAAACAUCCUCUUAUUCCCCUGGAUAUAGGCUUGAGGAUAUAUCCGGAUGGCAAAGUCCAGUAUUCCAUGAGACGAAGCAUGAUACUUAACUGUCAGGGUAAUUUACAUAUAUUUCCAUUUGACAAUCUCAAGUGUCCCUUUGCGAUUGAAAGCGUGUCUCACGAACAAUCGGAAUUAGAACUGAAGUGGGCUGCGAAUGAAAGUGCUGUCCAAAGUGCGACUUCGCUUCGUCGCCAUAACGCUUACCUCGUGCAGAAUAGUACAGGUUUAUGUGAUGAAAAACAUACAUGGCGUGGUAAUUUUAGUUGCCUCCGAGUUUUAUUAGUUUUCACUCGCGAUAAAUCUUUCUACGUUAGCACUGUCUUCGUCCCUGGGAUGGUGUUAGUUACGAGUUCCUUUAUCAGUUUCUGGUUAGACAUCAAUGCAGUGCCUGCCCGUGUUAUGAUAGGUGUUACUACCAUGUUGAACUUUUGUACUACCACAAACAGUUUUCGUUCUACGUUACCUGUUGUGUCCAAUUUAACAGCGAUGAAUCUCUGGGAUGGUGUAUGCAUGUUCUUUAUCUACGCUUCUAUGUUAGAAUUUAUUAUUGUAAAUUAUCUUUAUCGAAAAUUACCCCACAUCACACGUCCAUCACCCUCUGCUCCAGCGGCGGAACCUCUCCGGCCUCAGUCUGCUUUAUCACAGGGUAACGGCAGGAAGUCGGCGACAGACACUACCGGUCACGACGGAACAGCAGUGGCGCAAGAAUUUCCGCCAUUUGAUAACCAUUUAAAUCACCGACUUCAAACGGACAAGGCUAGGGCAGCCGCAUCCGUGUUUGCUUGGCUGAGGAGGCCCCAGUUGUUUGCCCCGCAAGAGCCACCCACGAGACCAAGAAUUGCGAAGACUAUUGACAAUGUGUCCAAGAUGGUUUUUCCAGCUUUGUUCGGUAUCUUUACAUUUGCCUUCUUCCUAACUUUUGCCCUGAUUAAACCUUCCCAAGAGGAAAACUGGAAACUGAGUGGAUUUGUCUCACCCAUGUAAAGAAACAGCAAAUACGAACACAACGGACCAGAAAUGUGAAAUUUAGUGGCCUUCAGGCGGGUGCCACGACACUAUCACGUAUAUACGAGUAUGAAUGACGUUAGAAAAGUGCCCGCUCUACUUCUGAAUCCAUUGCCAUCGACUGUAUGUCAGCUUUAAGCCCAUCAUUACAGUAGAUAUAUUCCUCCGCUCCGAAACAUUCUUGUGGCUGAAAGUAGAAUGUCUCAGGGACACAAGCGAGGCUUUUCGGUUUAUUUUCGUUAUUCUGCUUACAUAAAAGAAGCUCGUCAGUUUUUCAGAUGUGCAUCAAAUGACUUGUGAUGUUUAAAACCGAUGCCAUCUGAUAGAUUGGUAGAUACAUCAAUUAUCGUCCAUUGCUUAUGCGCGACACGUUUAGAGGAUAAAACGUUACAAAAUUUUGCUUAUAAAGCUCAUCCCUAACAAGUAGACAAUGCUAAAGCAUUUAAAAAAACGAUCCAUUGCAUAGUAACCAACUGAAUCACAUUAGAUAGGUUCAUGAUAUUUACCACCCAUUGUUCAUCACAUACAUUCACUAAUACUAAAACGCUAAAAGGGAACAAGGACUAUCGUGGCUCUGAAAGAAAAUCUAUUAUUUGCAACGAGCCGUAGUCGAUGCUUCGUUUCGCCAUCAUCUGUGCAUUUCAUUGCCUUCGAGGAAAAUUCGUUUUUCCUGAUAUUAAAAAAAAAAUGUACUCGUUUAUAACUGCACAAAAUAAAUCUACAAAAAGUAGAAUACGUGAAGAAGACAGUGUUUGAUGAAAUUUGUGUUGGAUUGAACAGUUCACAAUAAUAGUAUUAGUUUCAGUAGUUAUCGAUUCAAGAAAAGCACUAAUAACGAAAAAAAUUAAAAUAUAUAUAUAUAAUAGAUUCAGUAUGUCGACACUAGCUGCAUGACAGUAAGCGUGACACCUCUAGUGUCAAUCCAACAGAAUGAUUAAAUCACAAUGCUCCGAUUAAAAAAAGGCUCUUGUACUUCAUCUUUUCCAAACUAUUACUCUUCUCCAAAAUUUUAUUCUGUCUUAAUUCUUUCGCUCUUGCUCUAAGGGAACGAACCAUUCAAACUUUUUUGAUACGAGUUAGUGAAAUCACACAUAUAUACAUUACACGCUAAUUAAGCGUUUCCACCAUUGGGAUUUACAACCUAAGAAAAAAUUUACACAUAAAAGGAUACUAAAUACACAGAUGAUACUUUUAUAUAUGCAAACUUUGUAGAUAUUUGUUUUUAUAGUCUUAAAAAAAAUAAGAAAAAAUUCACCAACUUUGCAAAUUUAGCUUCUUGUAUAAUUUCUUUGUCUGUUUAUCAAUUUGACAGAAUUUUUUCCUUUCAUAACAUCCUUAAAAUAUUAUUAAAAAAACAAAUUAUUUCUUGAAAAACGUUCAAUAACAAGAUGCAAUAAGCUAAUUUUGCAGAUUGCACCACAUGUUGCCUGUUCUAUUGUGAUCUUUAAAAAAAUGUGGGGAUGUGCAUGAUGUACAGACACAUUGCACUAAUCAUGUUUCAUCAUAUUAUAAAGAUGAUAAUUAUCUUAUGUAAAUAUAUAUUUAAAAACACACACACACACAUACAUAUAUAUAUAUAUAUUAUAAAAUAUAUUGAUAUCGAGUGGUUUUCAAAAAAUGGUUCAUGUUAAGUGUAAAGUUGAAAACUGUUGUUUGAGAUUUAUGAGGAAUGAUAUAAUGGCAAGCAUUGCUAAUUGAACAAAGAUAUAUAUAUAUUGUAAAAAAAAACUACAAAUGAUAUGAGAGAAUGACACAGACAACUGUACAUAUAUUUUUAUGCAGUGUAGUGCAAAUUCUCAUCAAUUUUUCCUAAUGCUUGAGUGCCUGUACUUUCUAUUUCUUGGUUGUUAAUCCUUCCAUCUUUGUCUCACAACAUCCAAUUUGACUGGCCAUUGCUAACUGCUGCUAUCUGAACUCCUUCCUGAGUUACUGUGUACAGUGAGAUUUUAAAGUAAAAAUAAAAAAUUUCUGCUUAUUAUUAAAUCAGUUUAA